AUGGCAUAUAACGAUGAUGCUGUUCUUGCAAAACUUUCGGCGUUGAACGAGACGCAGGAAAGUAUUGUCACUGUCGCUCAAUGGAUUAUGUUUCAUAGGAGAUAUGCCGACCGCACUGGACAACUUUGGCUUCAAAAGCUGAAGGAUUCUGGAAGUAAUAAGAGAUUGAAUUUGGUCUAUCUAGCAAAUGAAGUUGCACAACAAUCGAAAGCUAGGCGCAAGGAUGAUUUCCUCAUUGCAUUUUCUCCUGUAAUCGCAGAAGCUACAGCAACUGCCUACAAAGGAGCUACGAGUGAUGUUCAGAACAAAUUGAAAAGAGUCGUGGAAGUUUGGAGACAGAGGCAGAUUUUCGAGAUUCCUAUACAAGAUGCGGUUGAGGCUAGAAUUGAGGAACUCGAGAAAUCCAGAUCUUCAAAUAGGAAAGGAUUGGGCGGAUCUCUUUUCUCCAACAAUUCAUCAUCGGCGCCAAGCGAACUUCAACCUCUUGUUGCACCUCAGCAAACCAUAUCCAAAUUAGUACUUUCUACGAAGACUGCUACAAACGCGGCGAACAUUGAUUAUGAUAAGCUCACGGAUCCAAACACACCAACACCUUCUGCACCAGUCCAUGCUGCUCGACUCAAUGGCCUUCUUAAGACUUUAGCAAACGCCGAGGGAGCUGUAGCUGAAGUUAUCAAAUCGCGUAAUUUGUUGAUUGAAGGAUUGGAAAAAUUGCUAGAGACAAACCGUAAUGCCUUAGCAGAAGAAAAGGCCCAACUCAACCUCCUCUCUACGCGACGUACCGAGAUUGACACUAAGAAGAGGGAGGUGGAAGAUAGUAUCAUGCGAGGAUUUGCAAACAGCAGUGAAAGCACACCCGCAGAUGGCAGUCCAGGAAACCAAAUGGCUACUCCUAAAUCUGAACCUGAUCGCCCCGAAGUCGAACCAUUAUCACCUCCAUUGCGGCCCAUGAAAGAAGAAUCUAUCCAGCAAGAGCCACUUCCAGACUUUGACCUAAACUCCUCGGCCGGCCUUGCCAAUGGUUCAAUUUAUGCAUCUCAGUCCAUGUCACCAACUUCUGGUUUGGAUUUGCUAAGUAGUGUUUCCACUAGUUAUGGACGCAGCAAUUCACUAGGUAGCUUGAAGAAGAGGAAAUUGAAUGAUGAUUUUCCAGAAAUGGGUGGUGAUGCUAUGGAGGGUUUGGAUGCGGAUGUUGCUGAGAUGUUGAGACAGGAUACUGGUGCUGCUUAA